AGUCAAUUAGCUAUUGUGCACAGAAGUGAUUACACAUUUAAGUCAGCAGGUGUUAUAGUGAAAAUUUCUGAUCAGGUUUAUUUAAUAACACCUUUUAAAUCGUAUGGCACAACUAUAAUACAUUAACUAAGCAGUGAACAUAAAGAAUUGCCAAAGUUAGCGGCGGAUGUGCGCUUGGUAUGGAUUGUAUGCAUUGAAAAUGGAUCCAUAUUCUAGGAGGAUUAUUUGGAGGACCAAUGGCAAUAUUUGAGAGAGCUUUCGGUUAUAGACACAAACUCGAUGACACACAGGCGAUAAUUUGCGUAAUUGAGACAGCACAGGAAGUCAGCGGCCACACGGAGUAUUUAUUGCGAUUACAGCGUGGCGCAAAUAAAGAAAAUUGUUGGAAGAUUUUGCGUCGCUACAAUGAUUUCGCUGAGUUGCACAAAUGCCUCUGCAUAUCAGGUAUCGAUCUGCCCAUGCCAGGCAAACGGCUUUUCGGUAAUAUGCGGCCAGACUUCAUAGCUGAAAGAAGACAAGCAUUACAGGUUUACAUAAAUACAGUACUAAUGAAUCCCAUUUUGGCAUCGUCAUUGCCAGCCAAACGGUUCGUCGAUCCGGACAGUUACUCGCAAUCCUUUCAUGAUCAAGCAGUGCAAAAUGCUAUGCUAUGUUUACGCAGCGAGGGUAUAUGGACAUUGGGUACCACACUUGGUCCAAUAGGUUGGCGCUUACGAAAACAUUACUUCAAAGUUUCACCAAAACCACCGGAAAAGACUGGAAACAAGUUACUCGUGAAAAGUGGCUCACAAACACAUCAAGGCAAACAUUUCGCCUCAUCGAGCAGUAAUGGCGGCGGUGGUGGCAGCAGUAGUGGAUCAAUAGAUGGUGGCAGUUUGGAUCCUUCUGAGUUAGUUUUAGAAUGGAUCGAAUACGGACCCGACAAAUAUAUAGACGAAAAGGAAAUGGGUGGCAUACUAAAGAGUCUAUUGGGUUUACAGCAUCCGCAUAUCGAGACAAUCGUUUACGCGGCACACAACGAGAAUGGCUGCAUAGCUGUGCGUAGAUUUUACAAACAAGGCACUCUGAAGGAUAUACUUUGUAUGGCAACGCCAAAAAAUCCAUUCCUUAGCAAGUACGGCAAUCCUAAGGGCAGAACGGCAUUAACAAUGAAACAAGUCGCGAUCUAUGGACGUCAAAUACUGGAGGCUUUAAUAUUUAUACAUUCAAAAGGGUAUCCAUAUGGUCACUUACAUGCUGGCAAUAUUGUGAUUGUUGAUGAUUGCGUUAAAUUAUUGGACAUCGAGAAUUACGUUUUGGGUGUACCCGCCUUCUAUCGGCCUUUCUUUGUGCAGCAUAGUAAAAUCCACUCAGUGGAAGCUAUAGAUGUAUACAGCUUUGGGCAUGUGCUGUUCGAAAUGGCAAUGGGCUAUCCACUACAGGAAUCUGUAGUGCGUCAAAUUAACGAAUGUCCCGAAUCCUUAAAGAACCUAUUGGAGAGUAUAUUGUCAAAAGAGGCGGUUAGAGCUGGUUUACCAUCACUACAGCAACUCAUCAGUCACCAUUUCUUUGCGCAACAUGCUAGUAGUGCUGCCGGCGGUUUUAGUUGUUGUAAUGAAGAUUCACGGAGAACGCAUUUCAAAUUGUCGCUUAACGCCAAGGAAUUCUUAAAGCAAGCUGCGCUGAAAGCUGAGUUAAGACUGCGGGAAGAACAAAAAUCAGUUAAAAACCAAAAGCGCAUUGUGCGUGUGCAGGAGAUGAUGAGCUGCGAGGAGGAGAAACGCAAAUCGAAACAAAGAGCGAAACUUGAGCAUAAGCAGUCAAAACUGAAACAGCAAGGUUCAUUGCAAGCGGGCAACGGGCGUUUGUCACUUUCCGCAGCUAGUGGAUCGGCAGCGCUUAGCACAUUUGUUGGUGGCGUAACACCAUUCGAGCGCACGGACAGCGUAUUAAGUAUGCAUAUGCCAAGGGAGUCAAAUGCGGCGCCCUCUUCCUCCAACACGGACAUAAAAUCUCCACCACCAACACCGUUCGUGCAACAUAAUGCACCAGAACAACAGCAGGAGCAGCCACAUUCUGCCACAAAGCAAAUCACAUUUUUGGCAAAUGUCGAAAGACAAGCGUCAACACCAAAUAUUUCCACAGACGUCGAGCAGAGCGGUGAUCCAACACGCUCGGCACUCUUAGAGUCGAUUUGUAAAUUUAAUCGUGGUUCUUUGCGUAAAGUGCGCUCUAAUGACUAGAAAUAAGUAAACAGAUUAUUUAGUAUAUAGCAUAUACAAGUUUAGGCAACUAUAACUAUGUAUGCUAUAAAGAGUGGUGAAGAGGAUAACAGCUAACUGUUCCUUUUCAUAUUGUUUCAUGCACAAUAAUUCCAGCCAAAUUCAAUCACCACCUCCAGAAUAAAAGCUUUUAUAAUAUAACACACUUUCUAAAAUGCAGCAUCUAAAUUUAAUAUCAAAUAAAUAUAGUAACACAAAGUAAACAAUAACAUAUAUGAAUUUUACACGUACUAGUAUCGAUGUUAACGUACAUACAUAUAUGUAAUGUAAACUAAAGUAAGAGAAUGCUCUUCAGCAUGCAACACCUGUUUAAUGUAAUUAAUCCACACUGUACUUCACCAAAUAUGUAAACAAAAUAGAGAUUAAUAUUAGAGGAAUUCGUAUAAAAAUAUAGUCUAUACAUAUGUAUGUACAUUAAGUGUGGUGUUGUGUUUGUAAACAAAGCGUGCAUCUACGCUUUCUACAUAUUUGUCACAAUUAAUCAAGAGCCAUAAAAAAUAUGUAUUAAAUAUUAGUGAUUUGUUGUUUUUUAAUUACUUUUUUUUAUUAAAAUAAUGUUAAAUGAAAGCAAAAUAAUUAUUUUUGCAAAAAUUUUCUUUGUGAAAUUUAUAGUAUUCUUUUUUUGUUGAUACUUUGAAAGACUUAACAAAAGUUUGCAGCUAAAAUACUUUUACUUAAAUCUGAAAAAUCAUUCCAAAAAUUAUAUUUGGGUUUAAAAUUCUCCUCAAAAUGGUGCACAAUUUGCUUCUUGUUUCAUGUUAAAUAUUAUUGUCUUUGUUAAAUAUGAUUUUGUAUACUUUAUGUACUCUCCGAGACCAGCUUUAUUAUUUCUAAUCAUAAGUAUAAUUUUCUUCAACAUUGUAUUCUCGAAACUGAAACGAAAUUUGUACAUGCAUACAUUUAUUUACUAUAAUAGAAGAAACACACAGUUCCUUUAUAAACAACAAAUUUUGAAACACAAAAAAAUGUGUAUUAUUUUCUUAUCUUCCCAUUCAAAUGCGCAGAUUUUUCGUAAUGAUUAUUACCUGUCAAAUUUGUGUAGAUUUUUUUUGUUCACUAAUUAUUGUUAAUUUUAAAAACUUUGCCUGCUUUUAGGCACAUUUCCACCAAUUCGAACUGCUUUUCGUUGCGGUUCGAAAAUUCAGUAUUUUUAUGAUCGAAAAAAAUAUAUAAAAAUAUGUCUUUUUUUAAUAUUUAUGUAUGUAAUCUUAUUACAUUUUUUUAGUUUUGUUAAAAAUAUUUCUAUAAUUUUAUUAAAUUUUUUUUAUUUAUUUAUUUCUUUUUUAAUUUUAGUACAUUUUUUAACUUUAUUUUUAUUUUUUUAAUUUUAUUAAUUAAAAAAAAAUAAAAUUUUAAUUUUAUUAAUUUUUUUUAAUUUUAUUAGAAAUAUUUUUUUUACUUUUACCCACUUUUAACCCUCUCUUAAUAUAAUACCAAAAUCACUUUAAUUUCAUAAUUUUCUUUAAACAAUUAUUCAGAAAUUCACCACACAUAACAUGUGCACAAUUUUACUAAAAUAAUAUAAACUAGCAUUAACAUAAACUAAUAGCGUUGAGAAUCAAAAAUAUUCACCACAUAUUAGGCGCACUAGCUGCCGCUCAUUAGACGCAUCUCUCACUACUCGCCACGACACCUGUAACACAAACCUAUAUAAUAGUAAUAUAACGAAUAAGCACUCAAAAACGCACUUUAGUAUAUAUUUAACCACAUAUAAGCAUAAAAAAUCUGCAAAAUCAAAUCAAUAUGCACAAAAUAUUCAACCAAAAGGUUGUUGAUAUUUUUCAAAUCAAAAUCCUGAAAUAUAUAAAUUUCUUGAAUAUCUUACAAAAAUA